AAACGGUCAUCAACACCCCCACCUCCCAACUCUGCACACCGCCGCAGCCACCAGGUCAUGUCAUUUGCCAAUUAAGUCGAAUAAUAGAGGCGUCGAACUUAUCAUUCAAUCCCAUCCCACGCCAAUUAUUUCAACUGAAUUCUAAGUGUGUUUUAUCUUUUAUGAAAGGUUGAGUAGUCCAGAGACGGGAGCAGUCGACUCGGCUGAACUUAGAUUGUACCGCAUACCUUUUGACUCAGCUGAAGUUGGAUUGUACCGCAGACCAUUCGACUCAGCUGAACUUAGAGUGUACCGCAGACCAUUCGACUCAGCUGAACUUAGAUUGUACUGCAGACCAUUCGACUCGACUUAGCUUAAAUUGUACCACACAAGCGAUGAGGCUCCAAGCUGUACUUAUGCUUCUUUGCAUCGCCUCAUGGCUCAGCGGCACAGAGUCUGACGGGAGAAAAGGUGAUUGACCUAAUUGUACUACGUAUUUUCAGUGCGUUUAACAAACACAUGUAUCUAUUUAUGCCUGGAUGUAAUGAAUGUUGCGCUUGAAUACCAUCAUGCGUCUUAAUUAAACAAAUAAAACUGUUUUUAUAAAGACACACGUCUUUGGGUCAUUGAGUUUCUCAAUAUCAUGGAAUGAAUUAUUUUAAUUAUUUACAAAUUAUUACCAUUAUUUUAUGCACGUUGCAAAAUAUGUGAUUUACUUUUAGCAUUAAUUCAAAUUAUUGAAAUACAAUAAAUGUCAAAUUUGCUGUAAGUAAUAACAUCGUGAAGCUUAAUUCUUUUCAGAAUAUUUACUAUAUAGCAAAAUUUUGAAUCUAUACUAUUUUAUUUAUUUAAAAUGUAUAUCACUGUAAAAAUUGUUGUUUCAAUUAAAUUUAUACUAGAGAAAGUGUCAACGGGUGUAAUCCGGUAUUGGAAUUGGCGUCUCGUUAUGGUCUACUUUCUAGUGUAAAGUGUUGCUUUAUUUAAACACUUCCAACGUGUCAUUGACUAGCUUUGUGUCAACGAAAAAGGAAAAAGAUCAUUUCCAAAGUCCAAUGUCUACAAAUUGUUCAGUUCUGAGAUAGUGUAUCUCUUUAAAAAUUAGUCGCACGUUAUUUCAAUGUGUUUCAACAAUGUUCUCAGAGUCGCACGUUAUUUCAAUGUGUUUCAACAGCGUUCUCAGAGUCGCACGUUAUUUCAAUGUGUUUCAACAAUGUUCUCAGAGUCGCACGUUAUUUCAAUGUGUUUCAACAAUGUUCUCAGAGAAUUAGUUCAAGGUUUUUAUUUUGAUGAUUAUUUUUUUAAAUUGUAUUUGUAAAAAUCUAAAUUUGAAUGCCCCGACUGUAUGGAAAUGAGGUUUUAACAUAUUCUUAUGAUUAUAAAAAAGCCCUUUCUCAUUCUCUUCUCACCUAAUGUAUAACUAUAUUCUAACUGAAAUGCCCAAACAUUUGACCACGUCCCUGAACUUUUGUAAAAUGUACUGAUUGCCAUUGGUUGUUAGAGUUAGAGUCGAAUCGAAGUGUUGAUAAUGUACUGAUUGUCAUUGGUUAGAGUAAGAGUAGAAAUGUUGAUAAUGUACUGAUUAAAAUCUGAACCCACAUCAGCCUUAAUUUCUAUAUAUUUUUUUUAUAACAAGCGGAGCCCCAAUUUGACAUCAAAAAGAUUGGAUGUGAAGUGGGGGGGGGGGGGGGGGGCCCAUUUGAUCUUUUUUUUUUUAUAGUGUCCCUGCCGGGAAAGUUGAGGAUCCUCCUUUUAGUUUUUUUUUUAAUUAUUUUUUAUAAUUAUAACAAGCGGAGCCCCAAUUUGACAUCAAAAAGAUUGGAUGUGAAGUGGGGGGGGGGGGGGCGGGGCCCAUUUGAUCUUUGUUUAUUUAUAGUGUCCCUGCCAGGAAAGAUGAAGAUCCUACUUUUAGUUUUUUUUUUAAAUCAUUUUUAUAAACAUUGAGUUUGCUCGUAUCGGGGCAAUAUCCACCCACUUCCCGUCAACCUAUCAAGCUGAAACUUGGCACAUAGACUCAUUGCAAAGGCAAAAAGUUGUUUAUGAACUCUGGUAAAGGUAUCGUCGUAAGCUGCUUACAUCUCUUAAGUAAGAAAUCCGUUAGGUCUUGAUUCCCUUUCAGAACCAUCUCAACGGCUCCUGACGUUCCUGUCCUUGUACAGCGGCAGCUUCGGCAAUGCCCAGCAGGUCAAGCAGGAACUUGACAGCCUCGGCCAUGCUGUCCACGACGCGAUCGAUGGAGCCUUCAGAUCAGUGUCGGUGCCGGCACUUCCUGAUGUAAUGUUUUGAUGAUUAUCUCUCCCUCUCUUUCUGCCAGUCUCACACACAAACUCUCUCAUACACACACAAGCACUCACUCUAUCUCUCUCACACACUCUCUCUAUCUCCCUCUCUCUCAUAAAAACAUUAUUUCUCUCUAUCACUCUCUUUCUCUCUCUCACAUACAAGUAUGUUUUCCCUCUCUCUGUCUCUAUCUCUCUCUCUGAUCACACUAUCUUACUAUCUCUGUCACGUUCCCCGCUCUCUCUUUAUCUCAUCUCUCUCUCUACAACCCAGCCUCACUUAUACGACCCCCAAACUCACUCCUACGACACCAGCUUCACUCCUACGACCCAGCCUCACUCCCACGACCCAGCCUCACUCCUAUGACCUAGCCUCACUCCUACGACCUCACCUUCACUCCUACGACCAGCCUUACUCCUACGACCCAGCCUCACUCCUACGACCCAGCCUCACUCCUACGACCUCACCUUCACUCCUACGACCUCACCCUCACUUUUAUGACCCAGCUUCACUCCUACGACCCAGCCUCACUCCUACGUCCCAGCCUCACUCCUACGACCCCAGCCACAUCCCAUGCCCAUUCAAUUAUUCAUCAAUUGAUGGCAUGUAUAUGUUGUUUUAGACUAGUUUCUAAUUAGACUUCCCUACUUCUAUUAGGAAAUUACAAUGUGUAUGUAUAUAGGUAGUUAGGUAUGUAUAUAAAUAGUUAAGUAAGUAUAUAAGUAGGUAGCUAGGUAAACAGGUAGUUAGGUUGCUAGGUACAUAGGUAGCUAUAUAGGUCGGUAGGAAUGGAUGAAUUUAGCCGUAGUUAAGUAUACAGCCAUUUAGGCAGGUAUGUUGGUAAGUAGGCAUGUAGGCUAUAGGCAUGAAGAUAGGCAGGCAAGCAGAUAGGUAGGUAGGUAGGUAGGGUGGCAAUGUGUAUAUAGGUAGGUAGGCACUGUGUAAGUAGGUAGGUGGGAAAUGUGUAUGUAGGUAGUUAGGCAGUGUGUAUGUAGGUAGGUGGGAAAUGUGUCUGUAGGUAGGUAAGCAGUGUGUAUGUAGGUCUGUAGGCAAUGUGUAUGUAGGUAGGUGGCAAAUGUCUCUGUAGCUAGGUAGGCAGUGUGUAUGUAGGUAGGUAGGUUUUAGGUAGGCUAGGGUUUCGUUGACGUCACCAGCAGGUAUUUCAAUGAAAACCAUUUAUUUCAGAAACUUACAUUUUAUUUGGAGCAAGUCGUUUACGGUGUCGUGAAGAGGAUGUUGAUAUUGGUGAUAGAUGAGGAUGACAUGGGGGCCAUUCGUAUUGACCCCUACAACUUCACAGACCCGACCAAGUACUCAGUGUGAGGAAGACGCAGACAUAUAUCUGAAGUCACACUUGUGUCCACGCAAUUGUCCUAACAUACAAAUGUAUUUGUUAAAACGCAAUUGUCCUACCACAACCAUGCUUUUGUGUCGACGUACUUGUCCUACCACAACCAUGCUUUUGUGUAGACGUACUUGUCCUACCACAACCAUGCUUUUGUGUCGACGUACUUGUCCUACCACAACCAUGCUUUUGUGUAGACGUACUUGUCCUACCACAACCAUGCUUUUGUGUAGACGUACUUGUCCUACCACAACCAUGCUUUUGUGUAGACGUACUUGUCCUACCACAACCAUGCUUUUGCGUAGACGUACUUGUCCUACCACAACCAUGCUUUUGUGUAGACGUACUUGUCCUACCACAAACAUGCUUUUGUGUCGACGUACUUGUCCUACCACAAACAUGCUUUUGUGUCGACGUACUUGUCCUACCACAACCAUGCUUUUGUGUCGACGUACUUGUCCUACCACAACCAUGCUUUUGUGUCGACGUACUUGUCCUACCACAACCAUGCUUUUGUGUCGACGUACUUGUCCUACCACAACCAUGCUUUUGUGUAGACGUACUUGUCCUACCACACCCAUGCUUUUGUGUAGACGUACUUGUCCUACCACAACCAUGCUUUUGUGUCGACGUACUUGUCCUACCACACACAUGCUUUUGUGUCGACGUACUUGUCCUACCACAACCAUGCUUUUGUGUAGACGUACUUGUCCUACCACAACCAUGCUUUUGUGUAGACGUACUUGUCCUACCACACCCAUGCUUUUGUGUAGACGUACUUGUCCUACCACACCCAUGCUUUUGUGUAGACUUACUUGUCCUACUAAAACCAUGCUUUUGUGUAGACGUACUUGUCCUACCACAACCAUGCUUUUGUGUCGACGUACUUGUCCUACCACAACCAUGCUUUUGUGUAGACGUACUUGUCCUACCACAACCAUGCUUUUGUGUAGACGUACUUGUCCUACCACAACCAUGCUUUUGUGUCGACGUACUUGUCCUACCACACACAUGCUUUUGUGUAGACGUACUUGUCCCACCACACACAUGCUUUUGUGUAGACUACUUGUCCUUCCACAACCAUGCUUUUGUGUAGACGUACUUGUACUACCACAACCAUGCUUUUGUGUAGACGUACUUGUCCUACCACAAACAUGUAUUUGUUAAAACGCAAUUGUCCUACCAUAAACAUGUAUCUGUGGAGCGUUCAUCCAUAUCUAGACAGAGAUGACUAAGCAUAGUUAGUCAAGGUUAUUUGAUUAGGGACCAUCCCUAUAUUACGUACGCAAAAAUGUCUAAUCUUUGCCCCUCCCUACUUUUUACCCCAUUUUGAACGAGUACUUUUUGACGCCCACAUGCCUACUUUUUGAAGCCCUCAUGCGUACUUUUUGACGCCCUCAUGCGAACUUUUUGACGCCCCCAUGCGUACUUUUUGACGACCCCAUGCGUACUUUUUGACGACCCCAUGGGUACUUUUUGACGACCCCAUGCUUACGUACAAUUAGCGUUCGACCCUCCACUCAACCAGAUUUUUUUAAAAAUCAAAUUAUCUUUCUCCAAGUAUGACGUCACCGUCAACACAAUGUGCCACGGCUGUGUGGCGAGCCCAAGGGUUCCCAGAAUGUAGGCCGAAUGGCACUGGGUGACGUGUAGCCCUCGGAAAGGUUCUUGAGAGUGGGGCGAAGAGCAGCGUGUGCAAAACCAAGAAGGGUGGGGGGGGGGGGGGUGUUAUUAUAGUCUUCAGAAAGGACCUUAACAGUGGUAAAAGUUUAAACUCCUUUAUACAUAACGAAGACAAGGGGCGCUUUUUACUGCAAGGGGGGGGGGAGGACUUUUUUCUAUACGGGUUUCUCAAAGGGGCGUUAUGAAAUAUUACAUAAUUUACAUAAUUGUAUUUCCACCUUUAGUCCAAUGUGACAUCUAGGGGUCUUGUUGCAAAGAGUAACCCACUUAAGAAACUGCUGUAUGCAGUUAAUAGAUGGCGCUUUGUGACCUACAUUCGUGUUACAUUUAAUUUUUUUAUCCAAUCCUUUUUUUUAUUUUGCGUAUGUAUAGUCUAUCUGGAAGUUAACUAGUUAGAAUGUCACUGAGGGAGCCUGGUGCAUAGCUGAAUAGAGCAUAGGCGGCGGGCAUCGAUAAAUGUUGACAACUAAAGGGCUAGUCCAAGAAAAUGUACGUCAGACACACGUUGUACAUUCGUUGGUCUAAAUAUUACUGUAACAUAUUUACUACCGAGUGCUGUUUGGGCGAUAUCUAGCAAGUUUAUUUGUAAAAAAACAAGGCAACAUCAGGGUUUCUUUCAGCUGAAUCUCCGGGAGGGCACUGCCCCCCCCCCCGGGGGAAAGCCAAGUGCCCCCCGGAGCAAAAAUAUGUCCAACAAUAAAUCAACUGGCACUGCCCCCCCCCUUCCGAAAACUAUGAAGUGAACCCCGGGGGAAAAUUUCUGAAAUAAUCACUGGGCAACAUUAUGACGAUAAUGUCCUACAAAACUUUGCGUGACAUCUUUACAGCAUCGCAGAGUAGAAAUGCUAUUUUUUGUCUGUCAGAAUUUCAGGAUGAUUAUUGUAAAAAAAAAGUAUUGAAUGUACGUAAUUUCUGACGAUGACCACACCACCCACACCCCACACGCUGACAAUCACAAUCGAGACUACCCCCCCCCACCCUUCAGUACGUACGUACCAGGUGGGUGGCCCCUAGGUCAGCUGAACACACGGGGCGCUUUAAUUUGUGUUUCCUCCUGCUAAACCAACUGCAGCCCUGGCCAGUUUGACGUCACCAAAGACUUUGAUGAAGUCCGUCUUGAAGAUCUGAGCCCACAAAGACAAGAAUGCCAGAUAGUCUACAUGCAGACUGAGCUCAAUGUUUUUGUUGGUACCUUCCCGGAUUGUAACUGCAUUGAAAACGGGGUCAGUCAACGUUUCACAUUUAAACGAACAAAAAAAAAAUAAUAAUAAAUGCAUGACUUUGCUUCACGAGAUUAUACUUCAACUUUGUUUUAGCAGAUUAUGAGAAUUUGACAUUAUGAAAUUAUACCUAAGUAACUCUACAGGAGCAUACAUUUUAAAAAGCGUAAUUAUACAGAUGAAAAUAAAACCACGAUGAUCAUAUUUGUCACGUGGGCUCAUUGCAUUAUUCAACAUUCUAACUGUCCUUUAUUGGCUUAUUUAAAGCUUAGUCUAGUUAGAAUUUUCCAAGACGGAUGAGAAAGAAGGCUAAAUCAAGAGUAAUUAGUAAUCAUUUGAGUAAUGUCUUAGCGAUGCCAUCCAACUAUCUUCGCACAUUCUCCCAAUAUUUAUUUUUUAAUUUGAAAAAAAAAAUAAAUAAAUAAAUUGAAAUCAAUUUUUUCAAUGCAUUUUAAAACAUGUUUUUUAAUUAUUUCCUACUUUUGAACGGUUUGAACUCGUCUGUGAAAGAAAUUUUGUUUUUAAACGUGAUAAACGCUACACGUCUACAGUCAUCGCUUACAUACAGCAACUCUUGGAUAUUCAUAGAAUAGCAUCAUCAUCAUGUCCAUAAGUCCGUAGACCGUUGGGGCGCCACAGAUGACGUUUGAACCAUCCUCCUCCAUGUAGACCGUUGGGGCGCCACAGAUGACGUUUGAACCAUCCUCCUCCUUUCGUCUCUGUCUUCUGCAUAACGCGCAGCUUCGCCCAGUGUUAGUCCUGUUCACUCUUUGAUGUUAUCCUCCCAUCUUUUUCUUUGUCUCUCUCUUCUUCUCCCUCCUCUUGUAGUGCCCUCCAAUAUUUGGCAAGCCCUUGUUUCCUUGUUACGUGGCCGUACCAUUGUAGUGUGCGUUUUUCCACAGUCACCAGUAGGUCAUCGUACUCCCCAAUCGCCUGACGAACCCUUUCUUUCACUGUAUCAUUGGAGAUACGGUCCCUAUAGCAGAUGCCAAAAAUGAUUCUGAAGCAUCUCAUCUCCAUCGCCUUUAAUUUCCUGUCAAGAUCAGCUGUUAAUGUCCAGGACUCGCAGGCAUACAGGAAAAUGGAGAGGACUAAUGAGCGCAUCAGCCUGAUUUUGGUGCUGGGGGCUAUAUUUUUGUCGUUCCAUAUUUUCUUGAGCCUCUUUAGUGCUGUUGUAGUCUGCGCAAUCUUGGACAUCAGUUCGGACUUGGAGCCUUCUAUUGCUGAGACUAUUGCUCCUAGGUAUUUGAAGCGGCCUACAGUCUCUAGUCUUUCCUCCACGACCUUAAUUUCAAUGGUGAUGCCUGUAGUGCUUUUUGUCAUCAGUUUUUUCUUUUCGGCACUGAUUAGCAUGCCAUAGGACGACGAGGUCUUAUCGAGACGCUUUACCAGGUUGGCUAGUUCUUCUUCGUUCCAACCCAGCACGUCUUUGUCGUCCGUAAAGCGUAGGUUGGUGGUUUUUCUGCCACCAAUGCUGACUGUCCUUUCAUAUAACUAUACAUGUUUUUAGUGCUGUAUAAUUUUUAUAUAUAUUUUACACACACAAACACACGUAGGUCAGAACAAAGCCUUUUGUAUCAAUGUUUGUUUUAAAAAGUAUUUUAAAAAUCUACUUUAACUAAAAUGUAAAUAUUUUUAAAGAUUUAAUUUACAUUUAUUCAAAACGUGUAUUUUAACAUUUAUUUAACACCUAUUUUAAAAUAUAUUAAAAACAUCUAUUUUAAUAUUGUUAUAACUUUUAUUUUAGCAUUUCCUCAAACAUAUAUGUUAACAAUUAUUCCACAUCUAUUUGAUCAUCUAUUUGAACAGCUAUUUCAACAUCUCUUUAAAAUAUCUAUUUAAAUAUCUCUCUUUUUACAUCCUUCUAUCAAGCUUAAUUGAGGCUUUUUUGUUUAGCUUAAUCAAUCUCAUAUGUGAAUUUACUCCCUCAUUAAAUUAAUUAAAUGAACUACCAUCAGUUCUGAUCAAGAAAGAUAAGCCAAAUCUAUAAUAUAUAUUUUUUUUUUAAAUUGUGACACUUUGCUUGAGUCAUUUUUAUUUCAUGAUUGACUUGUGCUAGUGCGCAUGCGUUAAGUCAUAAGUCGAUCCGGUUGUCUCGUUCUACUUCAUAUUCUAACUGACGCCUUUACGAAUUGAAAUAUUUCAGGCACCCGGCAAGGGCGCCGUCACGCUGUCGUGUGGAGGCAUGACGGCAUUAGUCUAUUGGCGGGAGUCAAUCGAACAGGACAACAUCCUGCCCUACGAUUUCAAGAAGAUUGUCAGGUAAACUUGAUGGUUCAAAUAGAUGUUAGCUUCAGAAAGCUCAAAACUCAGCUGCUAGGUUAGUUAUAAAUUCUAAAGGCAUAGAAACAUGAUCACGUCACUCCACUACUUCACUCACUUUAUUUGCUCCCUUUAUAGGCACACACUGAUGACCAGCUGCCUGUUCUCUGUCACAACUUUUUCUCUGGUUCCUGCCAUUUCAAUCUUACUGAAAUUUUUACUGUCUUUUCAUCCCUUCGAAAGAUUGUCUCCUUCGCAGACACGCGUAUUCUUUCAGUUCCCAAAACACGCACCAAAACAUAUGGUGAACGAUCUUUCUCUUUUUGUGUCCCAAAACUGCGGGAUUCUCUCCCAUGACACAUACGCAAUAUAACAACCAUCACAGCCUUUAAAUUUGCCCGCAAGACCCAUCUCUUCACACUGUACUAUACAGACUAAUUCUCACCUACCUCUGACUGAUAAUCAACUUUCGAUGCUGCUGGCUGCUGUCUAUGGCUAGACAGGGGUAGAUAGUACUUGCGUGGUGCUGUCCAUGGCUAGACAGGGGUAGAUAGUACUUGCGUGGUGCUGUCCAUGGCUAGACAGGGGUAGAUAGUACUUGCGUGCUGCUGUCCAUGGCUAGACAGGGGUAGAUAGUACUUGUGUGGUGCUGUCCAUGGCUAGACAGGGGUAGAUAGUACUUGCGUGCUGCUGUCCAUGGCUAGACAGGGGUAGAUAGUACUUGCGUGCUGCUGUCCAUGGCUAGACAGGGGUAGAUAGUACUUGCGUGCUGCUGUCCAUGGCUAGACAGGGGUAGAUAGUACUUGUGUGGUGCUGUCCAUGGCUAGACAGGGGUAGAUAGUACUUGCGUGGGUGACGUCAAGCUUUUCACCAAUUGUUUUUUUUUUCCAACAUUUUCUGUAAGUGCUUACUUUAAUGAGCCUAGCUUCAGGCUGGGGUACUGCGCACUAUAAAACCACCUAAUAAUAAUAAUAGUAAUCUCUAAACUAAAAAGAAAAAUCAAGCCUGCUGAUGUGGAAGGCUUCUGACAUGCCGAUUUGCGGACCAAAGAUUCCGCUAUUCGGGCCGAGGAAUAAGCCUGAUUAGGGACAUGUUAGGUAAGAUCCAAUGACCUUCGGAUCAACUGGCUUACUGUUUUUCUCAAGAUAUUGGAUUAGAAGGCACAUAUUCUCUAAACGUCACACAUCCAACUUGCAGAUGUCACAUACCCUCUAAACCCUAAGCAAUGUACUGGCUUAAUGAUGUAUGCUCGCCAUGCGUCUCAUGGAGGCUGCACCGUUCUUUUAAAUCAAGGGAAACCAUUUACAUACUCAUCAAUAAUGUUUUGUUUUUUACAAUGAUGUUCUUUUAAAACUUUAAAUUAUUAAGAUAAUUUUGUAUAUCAAUUCUGGGAUGUAUUUUAAAUGUAGCUUUCGAUUUAACUCAAAACGAACUAAACAAACUCUAGAUGUCCAAUGAACUGACCCUUAUUUACCUAUGCCUCUUUACUCCAUCUGUGGCACAGACCGUUAACAAGAAUGUCCCAUUGAUCUCAGUCCUGUGCUUUCCUUUCCAGUUGCUUUCAUGUGUAUCCCAUAUUUUGCGAGUCUGCCUCUAGCUCGCUUCUCCAUGUUUUGUUUGGCCCUCCUCUCUUUCUGUUACCCCGUGGAUUCCAUGUCAAGAAAUGUCUGUUGAUGUUAUUUAGGGGUUUUCGGAGAUUGUGCCCUAUCCACUUACAUUGCUUCCUUAUGACGUCUUCAUCAUAGGGCGCCUGGUAUGUACUUUCCAGUAAGUCGUUGUUGGUGAUGGUGUUUGGCCAUUUAAUGUUCAGGAUCUUUUAAAUCAGGUUUUAUGAAAGUUUAUGCAGUCUGCGUAAUGAUCGCUGUUUCACUCCACGUUUCGGCUUCAUAGACUAGGACUGUCUUGCAAUGUGUGUUAAAGAUUAUAACUUUGGUUUGAAGAGUCAGCUCCUUUGACUCCGAUAUUUUCUUUUAUAGCGCAAAUGCUAACCUAGCCUUUCCAAUGCUAGCCCUAAUAGCGAACCCCAGCUCACCACUGAAUUGACCCUAGCCUACCACUGAAUUUACCCUAACUCACCACUGAAGUUACCCUAGCUCAUCAAUGAAUUUACCUUGACCUACCAUUGAAUUUACCGAAGCUCACAACUGAAUUUAUCCUAGCUCAAAUAUUAAAAAUACACCAGCUCACUACUGAAUUUACCCUAGCCGACCACUGAAUUUACCCUAGCUCAUCGCUGAUUGCACCCAUUUGCAAUCUUGAAUGAAUAUCUAUAAUAAUCUGAAGAAGUAAUCAUGAAAAAAAGAGACUGCGCAUAGAACUUGAAUGGGUUUUUUUUCCAGACAAAUGUAAUGUUUCUGAUAGACUGAACCCCACUAUGACGUCAACACUUGCGUGGCGAGUGUUUGGGUUAAAAUAGCCUAACAAAAACCACAGCAGAAUUGUGGAGAAAAAAAAAAAGGGGGGGGGGGGGCGGAAUUCAAAACAUUUGGAAACAUCAAAAUUUCGCCGCUUCGUUUGAAAAGAAAUGGCUGUUGUGAAUAAGACAAUAACUGUCCCAAUCUUAUGUAUCGAGGAUGUUAUUUCCUUAAGUCAAUAUUGCGAUUAACCAGAGUUUUUGUUAAUAAGACAGUGACUACCCAUUGUAUCCAUUAUGUUAGUUUCAUUAAGUCAAUAUUGAGAUUAACCAGAGUUGUUGUUAAUAAGACAAUUACUACCCAUUGUAUCCAUUAUGUUAGUUUCAUAACGUCACUAUUGAGAUGAACCAGAGUUACCUUCUCUUUUCAUAUCUAGUUAUCCCCUCCUGCCUUACAUCGCUCCGGGAGCUGAGAAUUUCCGGCCACCAUGUGACUGUCACUAAACGAGUUGUCACGUGACUGCACGUGGGAGGAGACGCGACGGCAAUCUGUCCUGGACAAUAACAUGUCAUGUUUUGGAAAGGACCCUUUAAAAACAAACAAAGAAACAAACAAACAAAACAGAAAGAAAUCGUCAUGUUAUGUAAAAAAUAAUGCUGCCAUGCC